UGGCAUUUUGUCGGUUAGUACAUGAGUGGCAUAAUAUUUGCGAAACAAGAACGAGCUGUCUUUCGGGAUGAUAUGGUAUAUCCAUAUCGGAUAACCAUGGCUAAGGCAGCCAUUGACGAUCCUGGAGAUUACGAGGGUUUCGACGUCGAAAAACUCACCAGACUGUUCCCUGAUGGCACGGCUAAGGACCAGUGGUCUUUUGCAAAGCUCAUCCCGUUGAUUCGAAAGUUAAUCCCGGCUAUAGCUAACGAUCUGGAGUAUGUUGAGAGGAACGCCAUUGAUCCCUCUGAGCUGAAUCCCGUGUGACUAAAUGCCUGAAAACUGAAGUCUCCGCACUUGUCACUCCCUUCAUGGAAGAAAACCAGCGACUGAAGGCUGAGCUAUCUUCAAGGGAUGCCCAGAUCAGAGAACUACUAGAGAGCCAGAAAAGCCCCACCCCCAAUUUGUCGGACAUGAGGAGCUCUUGGGCAACCGUCGUAAGAAAAAAAGUGGUUCGCGGUACUCGGGACUCCGGUUCAGCAAGCAGUGAGGACAUCGUUAUGUCGACAUUGCGGGCUAAACGCGCCAGUAAAGCUGACAAAGAGAAAGUGAAGAAGGACUACUGUCUACAUGGCAUACCCCCUUUGGAUCCGUCCCGACAUCAGACACUGGAUGACUACAGCAAGGAUCUCCAGAGCGCCAUUGAAUCGAACGGAAUCUCUGUCAGAUUUGUGUCGAUUUACUCUGCUAAAAAGGGCCGUAAGAAUAGCCUGUUUGCACGUGUUGGUUCUUGUGGUAUAUUUGCAUAUCACGAGAUUAUUGGCAUAUCGUGAAAGUCACGAUACAAACGAUGACUUAGCAACUGUGCGUUAUUUCCUGUUGCUGUGUCUUUGGAUGUUGUACUUCUCAUUUAGUUGUUAUCUUGUACUAGUCGUAAAACGGUAAUACUUAUUAAAGU